CUCCUCUGGAAAGAGUGUAGCUGAAAGUUGAGCCUUGGCUCUCCAGAACACUCCUGAGACUCACCAUCGAGGUUAUGAACCAAACCUUGGUCUUAACAUAACUGCCAGGGACUCAGGGGACUUCUAGGUGCAGGAUUCUGAGUGACAACCGUAGUCAACGGAUUAAAAAGAAAUCUGGUCACUAGGUGCACAGAAGGCUUAUUGGAGAUUUUUGUGCCCAGAGGGGAAUUGAAUUUAACACAGUCACAGAAGAUCUCUGAGAGCAGUAAUCCCUGAUCAACUCACAGGAUGGAGACAGCAGUCUAUGCUAAGAGUACCAGGAAUGAAAAGGUUUUGAACUGUUUGUAUCAAAAGCCUGAUGCAGUUUUCAAGCUGAUUUGCUUUCCCUGGGCGGGAGGCGGCUCCAUUCAUUUCGCCAAAUGGGGCCAAAAGAUUAAUGGCUUAUUGGAAGUGCAUGCUGUCAGACUGGCUGGGAGAGAAACCCGACUUCAAGAACCUUUCGCAAACGACAUCUACCAGAUAGCUGAGGAAAUUGUGACCGCUCUGUUGCCCAUCAUCCAGGAUAAAGCUUUUGCAUUUUUUGGCCACAGUUUGGGAUCCUACAUUGCUUUUAUUACUGCACUGCACCUAAAGGAGAAAUACAAAAUGGAGCCGCUGCAUUUCUUUGUAUCCAGUGCAUCUGCCCCUCACUCAAUAUACCGGCCUCAAGUUCCUGAUCUUAACAAAUUGUCAGAAGAACAAAUCAGAGAUCACCUUCUGAUUUUUGGAGGCACGCCCAAGCAUCUCAUCAAAGAUCCGGAUGUUCUGAGGCAAUGUGUCCCUUUGCUGAAGGCAGAUGCUGCCAUUGUGAAAAAAUUCAUCUUUGACAAACCCCCCAAAGCUCUUCUUUCUCUGGACAUAACAUGCUUUAUUGGAUCUGAAGAUGUAAUAAAGGAUAUAGAAGGCUGGAAAGACAUAACCAGUGGGAAGUUUGACGUCCACAAGCUGCCAGGCAAUCACUUUUAUCUGAUGGAACCGGACAAUGAGAACUUUAUCAAGAACUACAUAGCCAAGUGUUUGGAACUCUCAUCACUUGACUGCUUCUAGAGGAGCUUUUCUUAGGGGUGCGAAUACGCAAACUGAUCACAAGCUGUUCCUCCAGGUUCGGCUUUUAGUUCUUAGAGGUUGGAAAGAUGCAUGUUAAUGAAUUUCUUCGUGGAACAUUUAUCUCUCUGGGGAAAGGACAUGGGCUGAAGAGGAGCAGAGGCACUAUUGGGCAUUGACAGCUGCAGAGGGAAGAGGGGGUGGUUUUCUUCUUUGGGGGAUGUUGCCACCAGUAGGUUACCCAUGCUCCAGGAAAUGGCACUACACCUUGUGGCAUGUGCAGGCAGCUCUAAUUGGACUCAGUGGGAAUCUGGGAGGCAUACAUGUUGGGGGACAUCUGUCACAGGGGGUGGAAAGGCAAGUAAGGGAUGGAUAUGAUCAAAACUCACUGUUUAUGUUUAUGAGAUAUUCAAAGAAUAAAUAAAAAUAUUACUAAAG